CAUGAAUUAAAUAAGGCUAGAUAGGCGCAGUGUCUUUAUUUUAAUAAAUGCCCGACGUCGUGCCUCGGGUUCGUGUGUUGUGUUUGUUGGUUGAUUAGAAAAGGAGCUGAAAAAUUUGCGAUGGGGGUCGCAUGUUUUUGGUUUCAGUGCUUUCGUUUCGGUGUGUGUUGGGUUCGGAUGUUGGAGGGGUUGUUGUUGGUUUUUUAUCUAGCUCUUUCAUAUUGUGGCAUCUGUUUGAAUGUCAUAAAAUUUAUAAACUUCUUGGCAUCGUCGUGAAUUUUUG